GUGUGUGGGUGCGUGCAUGUGUGUGUGUGUUGGUUGGUCGAUUAGAGAGUGGACACUGUGUGAUCAGGCAAGUUGAGUUCACUGAUCAUUACCAGCCACAAGGCUAACAGUCACGAUCCAUGGAGACGGGAAAGCAACUAUCAGGUACUUUGGCUGUAGCUGUGUUUACAGCAGCUCUAGGAUCCCUACAGUACGGAUAUAGUCUAGGAGUCAUCAAUGCACCGCAGAAGGUCAUUGAGAAGCAUUAUGCUAUGUCUUUGGGUGUGUGGACCGAGAGGUCAGAGCUACUGGAUAACAGCACAGAGGAAGAAGGUUCAUUUGAGGAAAAAAAGCAUCCCUCAGUAAUAAUGUAUUGGUCACUGUCAGUAGCCAUCUUCUCUAUUGGCGGCAUGGUAUCCUCAUUCCUGGUAGGAUUUAUCGGAGACUUCAAAGGAAGGGUAAAGGGCAUGCUUAUGGUCAACGUCCUGGCUAUAGCUGCUGGACUAUUGAUGGGUCUUUCCCGAAUGUGGAAGCCCCACAUUAUGGUUAUCACAGGGCGCGCUGUCAUGGGCUUCUACUGUGGGUUGACAUCUGGACUGGUGCCAAUGUAUAUUGGAGAGAUUGCACCUAAAGCCUACAGAGGCGCUCUAGGAACCUUGCAUCAGUUAGCCAUCGUUAUUGGCAUCCUGCUCAGCCAAGUGAUAGGCUUGGAUUUUGUUCUUGGCAACGAUGAAAUGUGGCAUGUGUUGCUUGGUCUUUCUGGGGCUCCUGCAAUAUUACAGUCCCUUAUGCUGCCAUUGUGCCCUGAGAGUCCGCGCUACCUUUACAUUCUGCUGGGCAAAGAGCAGGAAGCCAGAAGAAGUCUACAUCGUCUAAAAGGAGCAUAUGAUCCUGCUGCUGAUCUGGAAGAAAUGAGGAGGGAGAAGGAGGAGGCAGACAAAGAGCCAAGAGUGUCUAUCCGUUUGUUGAUCUUCUCCUCUGUAUAUAGACAGCAGCUUUUUGUGGCCCUCAUGAUGCAUCUUUCGCAGCAGCUGUCUGGCAUUAACGCAAUUUUUUACUACUCUACAGCCAUCUUCACAAAAGCUGGUGUCGGUCAACCAGUCUAUGCUACAAUAGGAGUGGGAGUCAUCAAUACGGCCUUUACUCUGGUGUCUGUUGCACUGGUGGACAGAGCUGGGAGGCGCACUCUGACUCUGGUUGGUCUGGGAGGGAUGUGCUGCUGUGCCGUUGCCAUGACAGUGGGUCUCAAAUUCCAGAAUGACUUCUCCUGGAUGAGUUACGUCAGCAUGGCAGCCAUUUUCAUGUUUGUGAGUUUCUUUGAGAUUGGUCCUGGUCCCAUUCCUUGGUUCAUAGUAGCAGAAAUCUUCAGCCAAGGGCCUCGCCCAGCUGCCAUCGCCCUCGCUGGCUGCUGCAACUGGACCAGCAACUUCAUCAUAGGCAUGACCUUUCCAUACAUACAGACCUGGAUGGACUGUUACGUGUUUAUUCUGUUUGCCGUGUUGCUUCUUGGUUUCACCAUAUAUAUUUAUUUCCGGGUUCCUGAGACCAAGGGCAAAACGUUUGAGGAGAUUGCUGCAGUCUUCCAAAAGAAAAAGAUCCCCAAAUUCAGCACUGAACUAGAGCAGCUCAAAACAUCAACUGAUGCUUAAGACAGGAACAGAGACAACUACAGCUCCUUUGAGUGUUUUAUUAGCCAUACCUCUGACCCUCUUUCUUCAUAAAAUCACCAGUGUUGUUUAGACAAUACAAGUGAAAGACCAACUUAAUGUGGAGCAUAAUUACGAAGAGUCAAGAAAAAUAUGAUUUGUUUUUAUAUUUCUCUUAUGAUUAAAUAUGUGGCUUGUAUUUUUGUUUAGCCCCCUUAAUCUGUAAAUUCCAUAUUUCAACCUGGAUUGUCUCACACAGAGGAAAGUCAAGAGAGUCUGGCUGCAGACCUACGCUGUCAGGACACUUCAUUGCACACCUGCAAGAUGAAGCCUCCUGCACUGUCAGGACUUGAGUUUUAUUCCAGAAGUUGUAUUCGAAGCCUUCAGGAAUAGUGCGCAGCAGAUGUUUGCUGCCAGAUUAGAGUUUAUGACAGUGAACUGAACAUAGGAGCAUUUUAAAUUAUACAGUAAGCAAAAAUGCCUAAAAGACAGCCAACCUCCAUUGCCGUUUAGAAAAUGUCUUCUAGACCAAAUGCCCUUUUCCAUCCAGAGAUCCAAAUACAGAAACUUAAUUCUAUGUAGCUCAUAUCUAUUAUUCGAUAGGAGUUUGGUGGGGAGUCAAAUUGUGCGUGUCCAUACGUUUCCAGCAUAGCAACACUUGUUUGUGAAAGGAAGCUAGCUUCACAGGGAGUUUAUCGACCCUAGCUUUUACUUUAGAAAUGCUUCGCAUCAACUUCACUUUUACUUUGAAAGUCUUCGAGUAAACUUCCGGUUCUAACAGCACAAGAGACCUAACGGUGCCGCUCUGCAGCCAAGGUCCUGACAAUGCAGCUCUGUGUCUUAACAGUGCAGGUUUGCACCCAGGCCCCUCCCAGAAAAUUUGCAAUUAGAAAAUAUUAAACGUAUUUAUACAGGUAAAACAAUCAUAUUAGGAAGGAAAACCAUAAGGAAAACCAGCUGAUUGCGAGGAUUCAAUUACUCUCA